AUGUUAAUCGACUUCGAAAAAGAUCCAACCAGAGUAUAUCAGACUGCGGCAGCUUAUGUAGGACUAGUAACUACGUGGGUCAGCUCGUUCCCCGGUUGCAUGUUCAGCACCUGGGCUCCAAUCGCCAGCGCGAUGUUUACGUCGGUGGGAGAGAUCGCAUGGAUUUCGUUUGUCGGAGUGAUGUAUGUUUCCACAUCGUUUGCAUACAUCAACUCAGUUAUCUUUGUUGGAACCGGAGAGGAUCGGUUCACAAGGGGUGGAAACAUUGCGACAAUGAUGGCUCAAGCUCAACGAGCCGUCCAAUCCACCAUCUCAAACAUCACCCAAAACGUCGUCAAUUCCCCGGUCGAUCAUCUCCAAGGUCUCGCUGGAAUCAAUCGCGACGGAAGCUUCUUGAACGAAAUCCCUUCAGACUUCCAAAACAAAUUGCAGAAAGAAUUGGAACUCUCUUUGAAAUUGAAAUCUUUGGCAAAGUUUUGGAGACUCCAGAAUGCAUUUGUGGUUCGAGGAAGUGAUCCCUGCAUCUAUUCAGGAAUCAACGGCGCAUUUGAUGACCCUGAUAAGAUAUCAUACUGCGGGGAGGAUGAUGUAAUGAUGAACAUCGGUCGAGCGGAAAGGAAUGGGACUGGAUACGACCCAACAAUCUAUCACGCCUCUCUAGUCGAAUCCAAGUACAACUAUUCUGCGCAGUUCCUGACCUCUUCGGCUUGGCAAUGCCAGUUGAAGUAUGGUGUAUUCGAGUACGAUUCGUGUUCGCUUCACAACAGCACCAUCACUCAAGAGAGACUCAAGGAUUUUGCUCAUGCUGGAGAAUGCUACUUCAACAUACCUGUAUGCGACCUGACAAGACCAGAUCUGCAUUCUCUGAGACAAGAUAAGAAAAGAACUAUCACUCAGAUCUGUCGAGAGGCUGGAGGAUUGCCGAUUUGA